CUGAGGGUACACGACGAAGACAUCAGGUUGAUACUAUUAUUGAAGGGGUUGGUUUAAAUCGUAUGACUGAAAACUUUAAUGCUGCAUAUGAGUUAAUCGACGAUGCGAUACGUGUUAGUGAUGAAGAGGCUGUCGCAAUGGCAAGAUAUUUAGUUCGGGAAGAAGGUCUUUUUGUCGGAAGCUCGUCGGCGAUUAAUUGUGUUGGUUGUGUGCGUGUUGCUAGGCAAUUAGGUCCAGGAAAUCGUAUUGUUACGAUUUUGUGCGAUUCAGGUCAACGUGUAUGUUUGCGAUAA